AUGGGUCUGCUCAGCAGCAAGAGGCAGGUCACUGAGAAGGGCAAGGGCUGGAGCCCCUUGAAGAUCGGCACCCAGAGCARAGACCCCCCACCACUGCCACCCCUGGUGGUCUUCAAUCACCUCACCCCUCCACCACCCGAGGAGCACCCCGACCGUGAGGAGCAUUUUGUGGUGGCCCUGUAUGACUACGCCGCUGUGAAUGACCAGGACUUGCAGAUGCUGAAGGGUGAGAAGCUGCAGGUCUUGAAGGAAACUGGAGACUGGUGGUUGGCCAAGUCACUCGUCACAGGGAGAGAAGGCUAUGUGCCCAGCAACUUUGUGGCCCCCCUGGAGACCCUGGAAGUGGAAAAGUGGUUCUUUAGGUCGAUCAGCCGGAAGGAGGCGGAGAGGCAGCUGCUGGCUCCGAUGAACAAGGCGGGUGCCUUCCUCAUCAGAGAGAGUGAGACCAAUAAAGGUGCCUUUUCCCUGUCUGUGAAGGAUGCCACCACCCAGGGGGAGAUGGUCAAGCACUAUAAGAUCCGCUCUCUGGAUGAAGGGGGCUACUACAUCUCCCCCAGGAUCACCUUCCCCUCCCUCCAGGCCCUGGUGCAGCACUAUUCUAAGAAAGGGGAUGGCUUAUGCCAGAGGCUGACCCUGCCCUGUGUGAGCCCGGCAUCGCAGAACCCCUGGGUCCAGGAUGAAUGGGAAAUCCCCCGGCAGUCCCUCAAGCUGGUCCGGAAACUYGGGUCUGGGCAGUUUGGUGAAGUGUGGAUGGGUUAUUACAAAAACAACUUGAAGGUGGCCAUCAAGACCUUGAAGGAGGGAGCCAUGUCUCCGGAAGCCUUCCUGGCUGAGGCCAACCUGAUGAAAGCCCUGCAGCAUGAGAGGCUGGUCCGUCUGUAUGCCGUGGUCACCAAGGAGCCCAUCUUCAUCGUCACCGAGUACAUGGCCAGAGGAUGCCUACUGGACUUCUUAAAGUCAGAUGAAGGCAGCAGGUUGUCCCUCCCACGACUGAUCGACAUGUCAGCCCAGAUCGCGGAAGGGAUGGCGUACAUCGAGCACAUGAAUUCCAUCCACCGAGACCUGAGGGCRGCCAACAUCCUGGUGUCUGAGACCUUGUGCUGCAAAAUUGCGGACUUCGGCUUGGCCCGGAUCAUUGACAGUGAAUACACUGUCCAAGAGGGAGCCAAGUUCCCCAUCAAGUGGACUGCCCCGGAAGCCAUCCACUUUGGGGUGUUCACCAUCAAAGCAGACGUGUGGUCAUUCGGGGUCCUCCUGAUGGAGAUCGUCACCUAUGGGCGCGUGCCCUACCCAGGCAUGAGCAAUCCUGAGGUCAUCUGCAGCCUGGAGCGAGGCUACCGCAUGCCAAGGCCGGACACGUGCCCACCCGAGCUGUACCGCCAGGUCAUUGCUGAGUGCUGGCGAAGUCGGCCMGAGGAGCGGCCCACCUUUGAGUUCCUGCAGUCGGUGCUUGAGGACUUCUACACRGCCACCGAGGGCCAGUAUGAGCUGCAGCCCUAG